AAUAACAUUAUAAGUUCUAAGAAUAUUAUAAAAAAUAUAAAUAUUUGUAAUAGAAUUAUUAUGACAAUGCAAAAUGAACUUAAAAAUAAGAAGAGUUUGAAAAGCGCCAGAAUGCCCGCCAUUGGUUCAUGACGUCACUAUACAUGAUGUAUAUAGGAUGCGUUCAGGGAGCUCACUACUAGCAUUAUUCUGUCAUUCUGUAUCAGUCAUUAGACCACAUUAGACGUAAAACAGGAAUAAAAUAACGCGAUAACGUUGGUAGCAUGCUCCGCGAAUGUAGCCAUAGUUUAACAUAAACAGUUGUAAUGACAGAAAGUACAAUAAAACGAAAAGGUAUUUAUAAGUACUGUUUUGUGCCAGGAUGUUUAAGUACGACAAUAAAAAAUCCUUGUAAAAUAUUCGUGUGUGUCCCAAAAGGGAAAAUGCGAAAAAAAUGGAUAAUACAAGUUCGACGUGAUCCCAAUAAAACAUCAUUGAUUGCGCCUUUUUAUUGUUGCGAAGAUCAUUUUGAUUUGCAACAAGAUUUAGAAAAUUAUAUGCGAGUUAAACUCGAUCAAAAUGCAGCAAUACUCCUUAAAAAAGGAGUACUUCCUCGAUUUUUUGAUUGUCAGACAGAUAGAAAACGAGCAUCAUCUUCGACACCAGUAAGAUCAGCAGUUAAAAAGCUCAGACAACAAUGUAUUUUACAGGAAUUAAAUAAAGAAGAAAUUGAUAAAAGAUCUGUUUCUCAAGAAUCUCAAAAUAAUUCAACAGACAUUGAUUUUUCCAACAACUGAAUUUAACAAUUUAAUAUUAAAUGACACAUUGAAUUUAAAAGAAACAGAAUCUAUAGUAAAACAUAAAGGCAUUCAAGUAUCUAGGAGACCUCUUUAUCGCAGUGUUCAUACGUAUUGUAAUAUUAUGCCCACAUCUACAACGCGAGAAGUAAAAGAUGCAGCUUGUUCUCCUAUUAAAAGCAAUAAACUACAAGAUAAUUUAAAAUCUUCAACAUCAACAAGUAUAACUGCAAGUACUACAAAAGAUUUAAAUGAUACACUGGAAGAUUGUGACGAAUAUUUACCUUAUUCUGAUGAGAUAAGUGAAGAAGCUUUAAAACAAAGCAAAAAAGAUAUACAAGAACAAACAUUAACAAUGCGAAAAUCACGUAUUUUGAAUAAGCCUAAGGUAUAUAUUGGUAUGCAAAAUAAUGCAUUAUUUAUUUUAAAAUUGCUUGCAGAUGAAGCUGAUAUAAAGUUGGAUGAUAUUUAUUUAACUUUAGAAAAAAUUAAACUUAAUCAUUCUUUUAUAAUUUUGGGUGACGAAUAUGGAAAAAGUCCUAGCAAUGCAAAUACUAUUUUCAGAAAAACCAUCCCUAUUUUGGCACAUUAUUUGAAAAAGUUUAUAUUUUGGCCUUCUCAAAAAAGUAUAAAAGCAUCUUUACCUCUUCCUUUUCGUGCAAGAUACAACAAUGUACAGUCAAUAAUUGAUUGUUUUGAAAUUGAAAUUCAAAAACCAAGUAAUCCAUUAUAUCAAGCACUCACAUGGUCCGAAUAUAAAAAAUGUAAUACAAUCAAGUAUUUAAUCUCAGCUACACCUGAUGGAACGAUUAACUUUAUAUCAGAAGGUUUCGGAGGAAGAACUACAGAUGCUACAAUAGUCGAAAAAAGCCAAUAUUUAAAUGUACUUCCACCUAACUGUAAAAUUAUGGCAGAUCGGGGCUUUAAACAUAUAGAAUGUCUAUUACAGAAAAAAGGAUGCACACUUAUCAGGCCAUCUAGUGUUUCAAGUAACACAAAUCUAACAAAAUCUGAAGUUAUAGAAACAAGACGUAUAGCAAGUUUACGAAUUCAUAUAGAACGAGUGAUUGGAAGAUUGAGAGAUUUCGAGUUUCUUACGCCUCAUGCAGGAAUUCCUUAUCAAACGUUGGACAUUAUUGAUGAAAUUGUAUUAAUUGUAGCAGCUUUAAUAAAUUUGCAAACGCCCAUAAUUGCACAAUAAAAAAAUAUUAAAAAAUUUUGUCAAAGAA